GAAGCACAUGCUAACGCGCUGCUACUAAUGUUGUCAUGUGUGAUAUGUAACACCCAAGAGGUUUGAGUAUUAUUUUUUUUAAGGCUAUACUAUCUUUUGUGAAUUAUCAGAAAAUGUCAGUAGCGGUAGAAACGCCUGUAGCCUCCACGGAGCACGACUCUGAGCGGUGUGGGAGCGAGGAGGACAACCGCGGAGUCGAGUCGGAGGAGCGGAGUCAGCAGCCGACAGGCCCCGCCGCAGCAGCCUCCGUGUCCCACAACCGGCUGUCCAAACUCCCGCUGACCCGCAUCAAAGCUCUGAUGAAGACGGACCCAGACGUGUCCCUGGCCAGCCAGGAGUCUGUGUUCAUCAUCGCUAAAGCCACGGAGUUGUUUGUUGAGAUGAUUGCCAAAGAUGCUCUGGUGUACGUCCAGCAAGGAAAAAGAAAAACCUUGCAAAGAAAAGACUUGGACAAUGCAAUAGAGGCCAUAGAUGAGUUUGCAUUUCUUGAAGGCACGCUUGAUUAAAGGCUUUUUACAAGAUCGCAUCUGCAAUCAUCUAAGAGGCGUUUCAUUACAGAGUCACUGAAACUUCCUGUUUUUCUUACACCGAACUCACAGAUCAGACGUUCAUAAAUGUUUUUCUACAACUGGUC